AGAACUGAAGCUCGAGUGUACAGAAGCCCUGUCGGGGAAAAAACGAUUACAAGAAAUUGGCGUUGACAAACUGGACAAAUCAUUAGUUGCGAAUUUCGAAGUACUUAAUCUAGUUGCUGAACGUAGCAUAAACAAUAGCACAACAGAUCAAAUAGUGCCGCCCACAAAUGCCCUGAAGUGGAAGCGAGUCGGCAUAGUGUCAGGGCGAAACGUUCGUCUCGAUACGAUUAUUUGGCCAGGAGGCGAUCUGUCUGUGGCGGCUGUCUCAAUUAGAGCCAGAACGGUGUUCCGAGUUGUAACCGCUCUCGCUCCUCCAUUCGUUAUGGCCAGUGAGCUGGACGAGGACAAACAAUGCCUUAGGGGUCUGCCAUGCCACAGAGUCCUGACUUCGGACAAGGAUAACUUGACCCUAGUCUUCAACGAAAUGCAACGACUGGAAGUUGAAGAGGAGGAGGAGGAGGAGAAGAAGGAAGCAGAGAAUGCAGAGUACGAGGACUAUUCGCGCUACGCGCACGAGGAUGAGGAGGAGGACUUUUUCCCCUUCCAAAAGUUCAAGUACAAAACCAGCUGCUGUUAUGGACUGUCGAUGGACUUGCUGGAAAACAUCGCUCAAGAGCUGGAGUUUGAUUUCCG